ACCAGCAACAUAAGCGAGUGGGAGAAGUGACAGUCGGGGGUAUUUAUAAGUGUCAAAAUAAUUUCAACCACAAAAUUUUACAAUGUGGUAUGAAAUUAUUCCCAGUUUUGGCAUUAUUUUUGCUGCAUUAGCCGCCCCUCAUGGCAUUGCCUACGUGGCUAAUAAAUUAGUGUUCGAUAAUUGCUAUCGUAGGUCGAUGUUGGAUAAAUACGAAGCUUUGCAAUACUUAAGAGAUCGCCGACUUUCCGGUGAUCCUUACAAACUCAAGGGCUUGGAGAAUAUCCCAGAUGCGUAAAUAUCAUCGGAUUGUAGCAGUUUAUGUAUAAAAUAUCAAUGUUGUUUACUUUAUUUAAUAAAUAUCUUUAAAACA